CCGAUUCUUUCUCUCUCUAGUUUCUCUCUCUAGAUUUAAGUUUAUUCCCCCCUCUCUCUCUUGUUAGCUCAAAGAUCCCUUAGUCUCUUUCCCCUUUUAUUUCUGCCCCUUUACCUCGGAAAAUUUCCCUCAUUUUCAAUCUGAAGCUGUCGUCUCCAUGGAUUACCUCAAAGCCCUUGAAGAAGAGAGGAAAAAGAUUUUAGUUUUUGAGAGGGAGCUUCCUCUUAGCCUGCAACUUGUCACCCAAGCGAUUGAGAACUGCAAGAAGAAGAAUGAUGAGGUGGUGGGGAGAGGCGAGGAGAUUGCUAGUGAAGGGCCGAUCUUGGAGGAGUUUAUUCCCUUGAGGCCGAGUUGUUCGUCGUCGGAUGAAGAGAACAACCAUAAAAAUAGCGGGAAUAGUGGUGGGUCUGAUAAGAAGCCGGACUGGAUGAGAUCUGUCCAGCUCUGGAACCAGCAACCCGAGCCUAAAGGAGAUGUAGUCAUGAGGCCGAUUGCUGUAAAUGCGAAGAGGAUAGGAGGAGCAUUUCAUCCUUUUGAGAAGGAGAAGGUUGUCGUUAAGACUCCGGUGGUGGCUGCAGCUCCCGCGAGCUCGACUACUGAGAAUACCAGUGGAGGAAAUGGUGGAAGUGGCGGAAGUGGUGGGUCCGGCUCCGGGGAGGAGAGGGAGAGGGAGAAGGAAAAGGAAGGGACUUCGCAGAGAAAGGCGAGGAGGUGUUGGUCCCCGGAGCUUCAUCGGAGGUUCUUGAAUGCCCUGCAACAGCUCGGAGGAUCUCAUGUUGCGACGCCGAAGCAGAUCAGGGAGCUGAUGAAGAUUGAUGGACUCACCAAUGAUGAAGUGAAGAGCCAUUUGCAGAAAUACCGGCUUCACACAAGAAGGCCCACAGCCUCAGCAGUCCAGAACAGCACCAACAGCAGCCCUCAGCAGCCUCAGAUUGUGUUGGUCGGCGGCAUUUGGAUGCCACCGCCCCAAUACAAUGCCACACAAAAUGCUCCAUUAAACACAGUAUUCGCUCCAGUUGCAUCCCAUCCCUCGCAACAACCGAUGCAUCAAAGCAAACAAAAAAACAACAGAUCUCCUACCAGUCCUCUAAACUCCAAAGAGAGAUGUGAAGGAGAUGAUAACAGCGAAGAUGCUGAGCAGACGAACUCAGAUUCAUCUGCCACUUCAUCUUCCUCUCGAACAACUACUGCAUCGGCUCCCCUUGUCAGAGUUUGUUAAUAGAGAUGAUUCCAGAUUAGUUUCGUUCCCUCUUUUUGUAAAGAGAAGCGACAUAAAUAUAUGCGUAUGUAUACAGACUUCUCUGAGUGUGAGAACAACUGUUAGCCUGUGUCUUCAUGUUGUUUAGUAAAUUUCAUACAUUAAAAGUUCAUAUAUGUAUUUGUGAUGGAUCCGCAAAGUUGUUAUAAAAGAUGCAAGUUUUUAAGUUCC